CUUGGUACCUUGCCAUGUCCAAUGUCUCUCCUCCGGCCACCAAGAAAUCAAUAUACGAGGGGAGCACGCAAUUCAAGAACUGGAGAUAUUCUCCUGAGAAAUUGGCCCAAGUGCGUUCGACGUUGAAUCAAGCAGCCGUCGCUGUUAUCAAACGGACAUUCGAGGCAUAUGAGCCAGGCUCAUCUGCGAAUGUGCUUUUCUUGACUGCAGACGAGGAACAUCUCCUGGUCAAGCACUAUAUCUCCACUAUAACUCAGUUAUGCGGUCUCUUUCGUUUUCCUGAAGAAGUUGAAGCUACGGCAAUCAGCUACUUCAAGCGCUUUUACCUCAAGAACACGGUCAUGGAUUGGCACCCCAAAAAUGUCAUGUUAACAACUCUGUUUCUUGCCACCAAGACGACGAAUAACCCGAUUUCCUUAGAGACUUACACAACACACAUCAAAAGCACUACCGCAUCCGAUGUCCUGGAUCUCGAGUUUCUCGUAGCGCAAAGCCUUGGCUUCGAGUUUUCUGUGUGGCAUGCUCAUCGAGCACUUUGGGGUAUAUGGCUGGACUUCCAGCUAUUUGAAUUCAUCUACACGCCUUCUCAAAUAGCCCUCGCUGCCAUGUCUCUUGCUCUCCCAGAAGAAUCAUACAAAUGGCUGAAAUCAAAACAUCCUUCGUCUGAUGCUGUCGAGGCCACGGUCAAUAAAGUAAAGAUUAUCAUUCAAAGAUCGAGUAGACCGCCCGACGUGGAGUCUGUGCGUGAAGUUGACAGGCGGCUCCGCUUGUGCAAAAACCCAGAGAAGGUGGUCGGAAGCAAAGCAUAUUUGGCUAGGAAGGCAGAGCAAGAAAAGAAAGCGGAGGAGAAGAGGAACAGGAAAGCGGCGGAAGCGGGGGAAGAUAUCGAUCCAUUUGGUAUUGAACUAGGCAGGCCCAAUGCUGUGGACGACGAUGACGACGACGACGAUUGA